ACAUGAAUGAGGAGAGGUUGGGUGAUGCCAGUGGAGCAGACAGUGCCGAGACCUACAGUGACAAAGACACAGACCAAAGGAGUUCCCCAGACAUGACUAAAGCCAAAAGUUGCUUCACUCCUGAAAGCCCUGAAAUUGUUUCAGUGGAUGAGGUCGGUUAUGCAGUUCAGAAAAAUGGUGGGAGCACAGAGAGCCGCCCAGACAGCCCCAAGUACCACCCAGAGCAGAACCACCUGCUGAUAGAAGGUCCUUCUGGGACAGUUUCUUUACCUUUCAGUUUGAAAGCCAACAGACCUCCACUUGAAGUCUUGAAAAAGAUCUUCCCUAACCAAAAGCCAACUGUGCUGGAGUUGAUCCUGAAGGGGUGUGGUGGUGAUCUGGUGAGUGCUGUAGAGGUUCUCCUGUCCAGUCGGUCUUCGGUGGCCAGUGGGGAAAGAACUUCUGCGGAAUCCGAUGGUCUUGUUUUGCCUUCCAAUGGGCACAUUUUUGAACACACGCUCAGUUCGUACCCUAUUUCCUCUUCCAAGUGGUCCGUGGGCUCAGCAUUUAGGGUUCCCGACACGCUGAGGUUCUCUGCUGAUUCUAGUAAUGUGGUGCCCAACCCUCUGGCUGUACCUUUGCAGCACCCUUUCCCUCAGCCGCCACGCUACCCGCUGAUGCUGAGGAACACUUUGGCAAGAAACCAGUCCAGUCCAUUCCUGCCCAACGAUGUCACCCUGUGGAACACCAUGACGCUGCAACAGCAGUACCAGCUGCGGUCCCAGUAUGUCAGUCCUUUCACUAGCAACUCAGCCAGCGUUUUCCGAAGCUCACCUGUCCUUCCUUCCCGCUCAUCAGAAGAUCCUAGGAUCUCAAUCCCUGAUGAUGGAUGUCCUAUUGUGUCUAAGCAACCGAUAUACACAGAAGAUGAGUAUGAUGAAAGGUCUGAUUCUUCAGACUCACGAAUACUCAACACAUCUUCUUAGACUGACAUUCCAUGCGUGAUAGCUAAGUGAUACUUGCAGUGCAGCUGAACUACUGGGCCCUAAGAGGAGGGACACAUACUCUACGAAACCCUUGCAAUUGUAUUAAAAAGUGACUAUGCUUGGUAUUGUACUAUAGCAAUAAAGACAUAACUUAUUAUAUUUCUUGCACUUCACUGAAUAAUGCCAAAUAGCAAUAC